GUAAUAAUGCUUCAUAGUUUCAAAGUCCAAGGAUACGAAGAUUGAGAAGUAAACUGAGUUUGCUAUUAUCGAAUAUAACAAUAAAUGUGUGUAUGUGUUGGACGUGAAUAGUACUACAAAUAAUUAGUAUUGCAAUUUACUUUACUCAGUUGCCUACGAAGGCUCGAGUGUAAUAGCUGUGUGAGACGCUGAAUCUAAAGUCCAAAGAUGGCCAGUGCUGUAAGGAGCAAAGUACUAAAGGUACUAAACAAGCAGAAGAGUGGUUUUGUGUCUAUUGCGAUUAGACCAAAGAGUUCCAAUGCCCCAGAAAAAGUUCUGACUUCCGCGUUCAAAGAUAUUCAAGUCAACAGUUACACAGCAAAUGACUUUGUUUGGCAGAACUUGGAUAGAUGGCCAGACAAAACUGCUACUGUAUGCGCAGUGACAGGCCGCGGUUACACUUAUGCGCAAACGCACAAAAUGUCUAUAGCUUUCGCCGCUUCUUUGCGGACGAAGUUAAAACUGCAGAAUGAUGACAAGAUAGCUAUAGUGUUGCCAAAUACACCCGAAUAUCCUGUCACGGUGUUGGGCGUGUUACAGGCUGGCUGCAUCGCCAGUACGAUGAAUCCUGUUUAUACUGCUGAGGAACUGAAACGUCAAAUCGAAUUGGUAAAAUGUAAAGCAGUGAUUACAUCGAAAAUAUCUUACGCAAACAUCAAACAAGCGCUCACAGAACUUAAGCUAAACAUACCAGUAAUUUUAAUAGACAAUGAGGAUCUACCUGAGGGUACUAUCAAGUUUUCGGAGUUUGCUCAAGACUUUAGUUUGGACACGAAUUGUUUAAAGGCUGUGAAGAGAGGUCCAAAAGAUCUGGCUAUAUUACCCUUUUCAAGUGGAACUACAGGGUUUCCUAAAGGUGUUGUAUUGACCCAUGAAAGUGUUGUGGCUAUGAACCAACAGAUUGCGGACCCAGAUAUUAUUGCUAUUAAAGAAACUACUGCCACCAACCAAGCAGUGUUACCAGGAAUUCUGCCAUUCUUCCACAUAUUCGGUUUCAAUGUACUGAUGAUGAACCAGUUGGCGCUGGGGUGCAAAUUGGUCACCAUGCCGUACUUCAAACCUGAACUAUUUCUUCAGACGCUCGUGCAACAUAGAGCUGAAGUUCUGUUCUUGGUACCACCUAUGGUGGUGUUCCUGGGCAAACAUCCAGCAGUCACUCCCAAGCACUUGGAGUCAGUAUACGGUAUUGUAAGCGGUGCUGCGCCCAUCUCCAAGGGAGACGCCGAAGCUGUUAUAAAGAAAAAUAAAAACAUUGUAUUCCGCCAAGGCUACGGUUUGACGGAGACCAACGGAGCUAUUUCAGUGGGUAAGAAUGAUGAUUCGAACCAUGCUUCGGUUGGACACAUAUUGGGUAACAGCGAAGUGAAGAUUGUUGACUUGAAAACUAAAGAGGCUUUGGGACCGGGAGAGGAAGGUGAAAUCUGGUACCGUGGUCCAAACCUAAUGACGAGUUACUAUGAAAACGACGAGGCAACCAAGGAGGUGUUGACAGAAGAUGGCUGGUACAAAACUGGAGACAUUGGACGAUACGACGAGAACAAGUAUUUAUAUGUCACUGACAGGCUGAAGGAACUUAUAAAGGUAAAAGGAUUCCAAGUACCACCAGCAGAAUUAGAAAUGGUAUUACGAACACAUCCGAAAAUCCUUGACUGUGCCGUCCUGGGUAUACCAGACCCAAUCUCAGGCGAGGUUCCCAAAGCAUUCAUCGUACCUCAACCGGGACAAACUAUUAAAGAAGAAGAAAUAUUAGAACAUGUUAACAACAAAGUCACAAUCUACAAGAAGAUUAAACAAGUGCAGUUUGUUAAUGAAAUCCCUAAGAAUCCCGCCGGUAAGAUCCUUAGGAAACAGUUGAAGGAAAUGUAUUGUAAUUAAGAAGUCAUUAAAAAUGUAAGUAUUAAAUAUAGAAUGGUUGUGAAGACGUAAUGUGAGUAUGUUAUACCAAUUUACGUUGCAUUUAAGUAUUCAUUCACUGUUCCCAACUGCGAAGUGUUUCUUUAGCUUGUGUCAAACUAGUUUUGGUUCGGUUGUGACAUUGUUGCCUGAGUAGUUCCGCGGCGCUCCGAUAGAUGUCACUGUGCCGUGACGUCAUUUUCUGAAUCGCGGUGUUAAGAUUCUCCGCGAAUGAAUGACCCUCGCCGGUUUUCUACAGUUCGGCAUCGCUUCUCGGCCUUUUGGCUAAGAUCAAAGUGUAGUAUCUGUUCUUUUCAGCUUAAUAUCUGAAAGUUCCCUCACUGAGGGACCAGUAUAUUAAACUGAUUUUUGUAAACUGAUGGGAUGUUCGGGGCUCGCUCCACUCCCGUCACGGGUCGGCCCGGCAUUGCAGUGCCGCCGGGAUCGGCCCACAGAAUUACUUGAAAAUAAUAAUGUCUUUAUGAAUUUACUCAAACACAUUAUGAGUACUGUAAUUAAUACUUUUCUUUCAUUCUCUCUUUGAUUUAGAGUUUGCCUUGAGUAUCAUGUGAUAUAAAAUGUAUUUAACCACAUGUAAUAAAAUGUAUUUAUUUAACCACCAUUUAUUAUGUAUUAAAAUUAAAAUUCUUUAUAAUAUAAUAUUAAUAUAAAAUCAAGUACACUCAGUAUUACAUUUGUAGUAGUUUUAACAGGGGCAACAGUGAAUAAUACCUCAAAUUACUUGUAGAAUUCAUGUAUUCUUUGCUUAUGAUGUGAGUUUAUAAGGCGUUCAUCGACGGAAAGCCAUACUAAAAAAUACGAUAAACUUAACACUGUUUUCAUAAGUGAACUUAUUUAUACCUAUAUACAAUAAUGCAUUUUUUCUAUACAUAUUAUUCUUAUACAUAAUUAUGUACAUUCGAUUUGUCUUUGGGAUCAAGGUGACAUAUCACUUGUUUUGUAAAAAAACGUACCUAAUUAUAUUGUAAUAAUUUUAUAACAUACAUACAUAGUAACGUAUAAUUUAAUGUAUAAGAUUCGACAAAAUGAUUUUAGAUAUAUUUUUGACGUGGAGUGGGUUUUUUGAGUAUUUUAUGUGUAUAAUGAAGUAAUUAUAAGUAAAAUUAAUUAGUUUUUGAUGUAAGUACUUUUAAAACAAAAUCAGUCAAUCAAUUACUUAGAUAUUAAUUUUUAAUGUUUCAGUAACCUGCAAUACAGCUAGUCUCUAAUAUUUUUGUAAAUACAAUUUUAUUAAGUUUUGUUAAUUUUACUCAAUAUACUUAAUCAAAAUCAAUUGUUAUUGUUUUCUAAAAAUGUACAUAUUGUAUUCUGUACAUUUCUGGAAAAUAAUAAAAAGUAAUAUUAUGUAUCAGAUUCCAUUUGUGUGUCAGCAAAAUUGUACUUUAUUUUAUGUAUUUUAUCAAUCAAUAAAGUUGGUUAUUUCUUUAAAAUAAAUAAUAAUUGAAAUGUAACAACUUGUACCGUUAUUUGCCAAAAUCAUUACUGUGCCUUAACUGUUAUUGUUACUGAAGAGAAGUAUGUUAUUAUGAUAAUGUUUUACAUUUUAAUAUAGGUAUUUAAGUACCUAAUAUAAUGUGUUAAAUAAAAAUAUUUU